AUGCUCGUGCGUCGUUCAUUUAAUUGUGGCAGAUUUGCCGGGCAGCUUGCACUGCUUCGCCCAGGACUCUGUCAAAGUCGACUCUCUUUAACUAGAUUCCACAGCUCUGAUUCAAACAAAGGAAACGAAUCCUAUACCCACUUUGGAUUUAAAGAUGUUCCCGAAGAAGAGAAAGAAUAUAUGGUUAAAAAUGUUUUCUCCUCAGUUGCUAAAAAAUACGAUCAAAUGAAUGAUAUGAUGUCUUUGGGAAUCCAUAGAAUAUGGAAAAACCAAUUUGUAUCUGCGUUAAAUCCCGGUAAUAGCACUACUCCUAUGAAGGUUUUGGAUGUAGCUGGCGGUACUGGGGACAUCGCAUUCCGUUUAUUGGAUCAUGCAACCCAAAGAAACCAUGAUCAUAGCAGUAAAGUGAUUGUUGCAGACAUCAAUCCUGAUAUGCUUGCUGUGGGUAAAAGGAGAGCUAAAAAAACACCAUAUUUUGAGUCGGGACGUGUAGAUUUCAUUGAGCAAAAUGCUGAGGUUUUGGAUAAAAUACCAGACAACAGCAUUGAUAUAUUUACCAUUGCCUUUGGAAUCCGGAACUGCACGCAUAUUGACAAAGUCUUGGAGCAGGCACAUCGAGUUUUGAAGCCUGGUGGUGUUUUCAGUUGUUUGGAAUUUAGCAAAGUUUAUCCUCCUUUGCUGGCAGAGGUAUAUCGUCAGUACAGCUUCAAAUUCCUUCCCUUGCUUGGUACGGUGAUAGCUGGCGAUAGUGAAAGUUAUCAGUACUUGGUAGAAAGCAUUGAGCGUUUUCCUGAUGCUGACAGAUUCGCUAAAAUGAUUGAGCAAGCUGGUUUCACUUUAGCUGGUGAGCGAGGAUACGAAUGCCUUACCUUUGGAGUUGCUGCCAUUCAUACUGGUGUAAAACUUUAA